AUGGUUUCCACCACUAUCACCUUCAGCAAAGCGGACGUUCAACCCCCAGUUUUUGUCGCUGGAAGCUUCACGAAAUGGAGCCCCCUAGAGAUGCAGGUCAAGCGGAGUGAAACCCCUGGCCCUGUCGAGAACCAGUUUUCAUUUGAGAUCGACCUCCAACCUGGGGAAUAUCAAUACAAGUUCAGAUUGGGUCCUGGUGACUGGUGGGUCCUGGAUGACGCGUCGCCGUCAGCUGAUGAUGGCUCUGGCAACGUCAACAACAUCCUUCGAGUUCAACCAGACGGUCCAAAAGCCCCGGAACCUGAACAGAAUAAUACGGCACAGAUCCCGUUUAGCGUCGAGGACGAAGUCGUAUCCACACUCCCUUCGGAUUUGAAAGGUAGCCAGGCGGCCACAGCGUUGAGUGGAAAGGCCCCAGCAAAUGUCCCAGCAAAUAUUGGCCAGAAGAUAGUGAAGGACCAAGGACCGAAGGAAGUCUCUGAACGGAAAUCUGAGAAGGUAAACUCCCAUGUUGAUGGACACAAGGAAGACUCCCUACCCGAUAUUGCACCACCACCAUACUCGGUCACAACGGAAACUGGAGCUGGACUAACCCCUUCUUCGUUGAAAUCAGAAUCUGCCACUUUGGAGAGUACUGAUGGCAGGAACAAUGCUCGAAGUGAUGACAUCAAAGGCUCUUCUGAAAGCAAACAAAGUCAUGAAUCUUGGACCAAUCGCCUUUGCAGUAGAAAUGUGGCGCUGCUCAUUGCAGUUCUCGCUGUUCCAGUGGCUGUCUCUUUUCUUUGGUAUCGCUAA